GGGGGAGCGGGAAAUCGCGCGCGCCGGCAGCAGUCGAGGUCCGCGGUGCGCAAGUACUUUGGAGGGGGAUAUUGUAAGAGGGAUGGUCGAAUGAGCGUGCGUCGUCUUCGGCUUACGCUGCCGUCGGACAGAUCAUGUCUGGGGCCAGAGGCAGCAGUCGGCCCAGUCGCGCCACGCCGGCCAUCCUGACGCGCGCCAAGCGCCGCCGUCCGGAACACAGUCCGCCUCCGGCCAUGGAGGUGCAGCUCGGCGCGCAGUUGGGCGAGGCCGAGUGGGUCUCGCCGGCCGGCAGCCAAACCAGCACGGCCUCCAGCACCGCCUGCAGCGCGUCCGGCUCGGAGGACAUGCACUCGGACACCAGCCAGGCAUUCCUGGCCGGCUUCGACAGCCAGUGGAAGCGCCAGCGCGCCUGUACCCCGCCUCCCGCCACAUGGUCCAAGUUUCGCGAGCAGCAGGUGAUGCCGCCACAGGUGCGGCAGCGCGUGCCGCCACUGCCCGAGCUGCGCUGGACUGAGGUCGAGGACCUGUGGACCAGCAUGCGCGCCAAGGAUUACAGUUACCGGCGCGACGCGGCGCUCAUGACGCACCACCCGGCGCUCAAGCCGCACAUGCGCGCCAUUCUCAUCGACUGGCUCAUCGAGGUGUGCGAGGUGCACCGGCUACACCGCGAGACGUUCCACCUGGCUGUCGACUUCCUGGACCGCUACCUCAGCCGCACACGUGACCUGCCCAAGUCGCAGCUCCAGCUCGGGGGCAUCACGUGCCUGAUGAUCGCCUCCAAGCUGGAGGAGAUCUACCCGCCGAAGGUGGCCGACUUCGCGUAUGUCACCGACGGCGCCUGCACGUCCGAGGACAUUCAGGACAAGGAGCUGGUCAUCAUGAAGAUUUUGAAUUGGUCUUUAUCACCAAUUACUCCACAGCAUUGGCUGGGAACAUAUUUACAGCUUACAAAUAUGGAAGAGAACAGAUUUGGUAAGUUUCGGACCCUUCAGGCCACGGCGAGGCUGUUGACGGCUGAGGAGUUCACGUGCGCACAGUUCUCGAGCCUGCAGUUCGUGCAGGUGUGCCAGCUGCUGGACCUGGCCGUCAUGGACGUGGGCUCGCUGGCCUUCAACUACGGCGUACUGGCUGCGUCGGCCUUCUUCCACUUCACCAGGAACAGGGAGCUGACCGUGCGGAUAUCAGGCUACACAUGGCUGGAGCUGUCGCCCUGCGUCACCUGGCUCGGUCCGUUCUUCGUGACACUUCGGCCACACGUGCUGCCCCACGUGCCGCCGUUCGACCGCGUGCAGGAGGGCGACCGGCACAACAUCCAGAUCCACGCCGUCAAUCUGCAGAUUCUGGAGGAGGCCCAGAAGCGGUCGGCGGAGCAGGAGGAGGCCCACUGCCAGUCACCGGCGCAGCCACCCGCUCCACGGCCCUCCUUCCUCACCCCGCCCGACUCUGGUGGCCGCUCGCGGCACUGAGCGGGACCGGGGAGAGAGGAGGACGCGCCGAACGUCCUCGCCCCCCCCCCCUGCGAGGGCACGCACGCGACGAUAAUGCCCGCCCAGGCGUGGUCAGCGCCAUUUACGCUCAGCUACCGUCACUGCCAUCUAUCGUUGUUCGCCGUCAAUAGCUCGUGCGUCGGUCCCCUAGGCGACGCGAGUAUUUAUUGUAGCUCGUGACACGCGGCGCGCCGGUUAGAGUAGGCUGUCUGGGGUAUUGCUGCCGCCGAGCGGCGCCGGCCACUUCCAAAGAUCUCGGGGACGUCAGGAGGGUGUCCAGGGCUCCCGCGGCUCCUGUCGAAAUCUGCCGAUUGAACGCGUCGCGUGUGGCGUGCCGUUUUGAGCGAAUGGACACGGAGGCUGUCCUGUGCCAGGGUUCGGUCCCCUUACAAAAUUCAUGUAAUGCAUUGGGGCUGCUGCUGGCUCCUGGAUAGGCGGUUUUAUAGCAUGAUUUAGCGCAUCUUUAAUGAAAUGUCCCACUUUAGUAGGGCUGUCGGCUCUACUUUCCAGACAGGUUCGCUUGACGGUCACUGCCGCUUGCUCGAUUCAGGUCGUAGCCCUAGUAGUGGAAGUUGUGCGCGGCCGGUGUGGCCAACGCGCGCCCUAUGGGCCGCCUAUGUACAGCGGGGGCGGGGUCAUGUCGGCGGGGUCGACGCGUCGUGCGCGGCCGGGGUUUGUUUUGUUUUAUUUGCGUCGCCGCUCGCGCCGCGUUACCAGUGAUCUCUGGAGGUGCGGGGCGGCCCCGGCCCGGUGCCGCGCCGCUACGGCACACCGUCGUACCUGCUCGCGCUGGCAUUACGACCGCGACACGGUCCCACCGGGGGCUGGGGCUUGUCACCCCUCGGAGAGGCGCGUGGUUGUGACGGCGCCUGCGUUGCAGCGCCCGUGUCGACGCACCGGGGGAGGACGCGUGCCCCCGUCCCUGCUAGCCCCCCUGCGGGCUGCUGGACGGCGGAGCGUCGCGCU